AACGUCGAUAGAGGCGUACGUGUACCACUACCACGCACCUGUCACUGUCACCAUCUAUCAACUAUAAGCAUGGCCGCAGUAGCUCGGUACACGUGGGAGGAGGUGGCCACCCACAACGGCAAGAACGGCUCCAGCAUCUGGAUCGUCUACAAGGACUCCGUUUAUGACGUCACCAAAUAUAUCCACGAGCAUCCUGAUGGACCAGAUUCAAUAAUGGAAGUGGCCGGGAAGGACUCCACCAAGGACUUCGACGCUGCCGGCCACUCAUCCGACGCGAGGCACAUCCUCGCCAAGUUGAAGAUUGGUGAAAUUGUUGAGGAAGAGAAGAAGUACGAUGCCAAUGGUAAGAAGAAGAAGAAGGUAGUCGCAGUCCCGCCAGGGAAGAACGCGCGCAGCUGCUGCAACGUCAUCACCUGUGGAUUAGUAGCGUGAUAUUAAACGAAAAAAUCACCGUCUCCAUUCAAUAGAAGAUGGACCCAUUGAAGAAGAGAAGUUCUUCUACCUCGUUCUAUCUUACUCUUUACCUGAUACAUACAAGAUAUAUGAUAUUACAGAAUGUUAAUACGUCUACCGUAACCUUCCUGUUGAAUCACUCUAUCUAUUAAAAAACCGCUUCAAAAUCCGUUGCGUAGUUUUAAAGAUUUAAGCAUACAUAGGGACGGACAGACAGCGACAGCGACUUUGUUUUGUACUAUGUAACUAGCUACUCGUCCCGGCUUCGCAAGGGUGUACAUGUAUUAUAUAUAUAAACCUUCCUCUUGAA